AAGCAGUGACAGUAUAAAAAUUGCCUCCUGUUCACUGUUAAGCACAACAUCCAGGCACAGACUCAAAGAUGGCAUUUUUUCUUCUCCUGGUGAUGUUGGCCACAUGUGCUGCAGUUCCUGAAGAUCUAUCGGAUAAAAUGUUGACUUUCCCACAGGAAACCAAGACAGCUAAUGUAAAACUGACCACGUCAGUCCAGGAUUUCCGUGCUGUAACUGUCUGUCUCAGAUCCAUUACAGACCUUCGCAGAGUCCACACACAUUUCUCUCUGGCGACACCUUCUCAACAAAAUGCCUUUGUGAUAUUCUGGGGGGCGUCAACAAAUUCGUUUUUUGUCCAUGUUGGCCAACCUUUCACAUCAUUUGGAGCAAUGGACUACAAACUGAACGAGUGGCACUCUAUUUGCGCCACAUGGAAUUCUGCGUCUGGUCUGGUGCAGCUGUGGGUAGAUGGAAAGCCCUCAAUUAGGAAAUACAUUGGUGGAUCAAGAAUCAGUAGACCCAGUGUUAUCCUUGGACAGGAGCAGGAUACCUAUGGUGGAGGCUUUGACAUUAAACAGUCUUUCGCUGGCAUGCUGUCUGAUGUCCACAUGUGGGACUACGUCCUUUCACCCCGUGAGAUCCGGCGCUACAUGGAUGGUCGAUACUUCACUCCAGGGAAUGCGAUCAACUGGAGGGCUCUGGAGUACCACAUCAUUGGAAGAGUGCUGAAGGAAGACAAGCAAGUGCCCUGUGUGGUCUCGUCCCACUAAAACAAGAGCAUAAUAAUCCUCCACACAGGGUCUUUUCUUUUGAUUAUGAAAUGCCAACACCCUGUAGACUUGAAUGGUGGCUUGUAGCUUAGUCUUAGGGAAGUUUGGUGACUUUUUUUCAGCUUCAAAUGUGCAACUGCAGUCCUGUCUCAUGUCCGCAUUCUGACUGAAACAUUUAACAAUAAUCAGCACAUCAGUGGAGGGCAGGGGGCCCUGAAAGUUUUGCAUCUCUUGAUAACAGCUCAACAAGCUGUGAUGCAACAUAUUUCUUCUAAUCUGUAUCAUGUUUCAGAGGCUCAAUCCA